AUGGAUUUCUUUUCUCCUUACUCCAACUUUGGUGGCUACAGCAACGACAACUAUGGUUACUACAGCCGACCACAAUCCAGACGACAGUCUCGACAGCAGCAGAUGCUAAGACGACAGGAAGCACAGCGACAGGCCGAAGCUCGAGAGUAUGCUCGACGAGAAGCAGAGAAUCGGGCUUACUACAAACACAGACAAGAGGUUUACCGACAGAAACAGCGUGAGGCUGAGGCUCGACGACAAGCUGAGGCACGAGCUUACUACGACCAGUUGGCCCGACAGCAGCAGCAGAAGGCUCGACGACAGCAUCAGUAUGUUUCUGAUCCCUUUGCUCAGCUCUUGGGUAUUAACGACCCCUCAUCUAUCCCUUUCCAUAACUUCGACGAGUCUGAUGGCGAGUACGAGUACGUUGCACCCACUUCUCAGGAUGUGGCUAUGUCUUCUCCCACUGCUUCCGAGUCCAACACCGAUGUUGAGGACUCUGACUCUGACUCUGACAACGAUGUCUUCUACGACAGCUUGGAGUCUGCCGAACCUUCUGAUGACUCUGACUCUGACUCUGACUCUGACUCCGUGACCGAUUAUGUGGAGCCUGCUCCUACUGUUGUUGUUUACUCUACUCCCCAGCCCGCUGUGGAGAAGAACGUCACCAAGAGACUUCAGAAGAUGGCACCUGUCAUUGAGCGACACGUUGAGACCUUUGAGCGAAUCAAAAAGGCUGCUUCUGGCUCUUCCUCCGACUCUUCUGACGAUUACGAGUCUCUUUUGAGCUCCACCAAGUCUCGACUCAAGGUCAUUCAGAACGCCCAGAUGAAAUUGGAGCAGCUCUACGACCAACUAGACUCCAUCAAGACCGACAACAAGAAGGACAAGGCCAUGCGAACUACUCUGAUCAAGAAGUCUGUUGGCACUGCUGAAGCCAUUGACAGUGUGGUCCAAAUUCUCAAGGAGCAGCGAAAUUACUACAAGCAGUGCAUCGAAGAGGACAGUGGGUCUGACUCUUCGGUCGACUCUGCCUCUGACACCAGCUCCUCUGACACUAGCUCCUCGGACAUCAUCUACCAUGUCACGCUGGAGGAGGUUCCUGACUCGGACUUGUCUGAGCUGUCUGAGUAA